AUGGAGGCCAUCCUCGAUGCAGUCGCCAGUAAGGCUGUUGCUGCCCUGGAACUGCUUAUGCCUUCGUUCCACUUCUGGCAAUCGACGUCUUUCUGGAUCUGCGUUUUCUGGGGUCUAUGGAUCCAUCGCUAUCUUCGCCUUCUGGUUCACUGUGUCAGUCACUGGACAUACAAAUCCAAGCCCAUCCCGGCCAAGCCCUCAUUCACCAGCCAAGAUGUGACAGUGGUCAUUCCUACGAUCCAUAACGUGUUUGAGGAGCUCCGUCCCGCCCUGGAGAGUAUCUUGGCUUGUGAGCCAUAUGAGCUUCUCAUGGUCACCACCAACGACAAGCGCAAAGACCUCGAGCGCAUGGUCGCCACACUCCCCCACCACCGUGUUCGCGUCAUGUCUGUUGCCAUCGCCAACAAGCGUAUCCAGGUUUGCGAGGCUCUGCCAAACGUCCACACGGCGAUCACAAUCAUGGCCGAUGAUGACGUGACAUGGCCCAAGACACUCAUGCCCUGGUUGCUUGCUCCCUUUGAGGACCCCAAGAUCGGCGGUGUUGGCACCUGUCAACGCGUCCGUCGCGAGUGGGAUGCUCCCCUGGUGGACCGUCUCUGGAACUGGCUCGGUGCGGCCUACAUUGAGCGACGCAACUUUGAGAUCUCGGCAACGCACAACAUGGACGGUGGCACUUCUUGCAUGUCUGGGCGCACCGGCGCUUACCGAACGGAGAUUUUGUCCAGCCACGACUUCCUUCACGGCUUUAAGAACGAAAAGUGGAGAAAGUGGAUCUUGAAUGCUGACGACGACAACUUUGUCUCUCGCUGGCUGGUCAGCCACCAGUGGAAGACCUGGAUCCAGUACGAGUCUGAGUGUGAGAUUGAGACGACUCUGGAGAAUGGCGUCAAGUUCCUGUACCAGUGCUCCCGCUGGGCCCGCAGCAACUGGCGCAGCAACUGGACGAGUCUUGUCCGGGAGCGAUACGUCUGGAAGCAACAGCCCUGGAGCACUUACGCUCUUCACAUUGCGACCUUUACCUCCCUGGCCUUCCUGUUUGACCCCCUGCUCUUGGCAACGUGCUGGUGGGCUACCGCUGCGUGGGACAUGCAAAACCGCUUGUAUGCGUUUUGGGCGCAAUUCAUCUUCAUGUUCGCCUUUACCAAAGUGGUCAAGCUUGUUGGACUUUUCCGCCGCAAUCCGAGCGACAUCAUGUACCUGCCUCUGUCCAUUGUCUUUGGGUACUUCCACGGCCUCAUCAAGCUCUACGCUCUGAUCACUCUUAACAUGACGUCUUGGGGCAGCCGCGCCGAUGGUGACACCAACGACGAGGAGCGUUUGGCUCCCGCCCCCCAGCCAUCGAUCGUGCUCAAGACGCCGCCUGGCAACAACUCGUUGAUUCGCUACAAUGUGAGGCAGAAGGGACGCCACGCACAGUUCCGAGAGACGAUUGCCAUUGACGAGAAGCAUGCGUCCACCGCGCUCGACGCAUGCACUUCUUGCCAGCCCAUCCCGAUCCCGGUGGAAUCAUGA